ACAAGGUUACACUCUGGUCGCGAUCACAAGGUGUAUAGCUCACAUUUCUUCCUGUAAGAGCGCAAGUAAAAGACUUAACAUGUGUAAAAGAUUCCGUGUCCCGUCUUUGUUUCGAGCAGCAUUCGCUGAAUUCAUUGGCACCUUCAUCUUGGUUGUCAUCGGGAACGGGAGCAUAGCGCAAUCGCAGUUAACAAAUGGCGAAAAAGGUGAUUACUUCACCAUUAACUGGGGAUGGGCUUUAGGGUGUUCGCUGGGAAUUCUUAUUUCCUCCAAUAUAUCAGGGGGCCAUUUGAAUCCAGCCGUGACACUGGCACUUGCACUAGUUCGUCAUUUCCCGUGGAAAAAGUUGCCGGUGUAUUGGUGUGCACAGUAUCUAGGAGCUAUGGCCGCUUCUGGGACCGUCCUUGGAGUCUAUCACGAGGCAAUCUUGGUAGGAAAAGUCGACGGGGAAUUUCGGAUCAGAAAGAACAUUACCGAACCCGGUAUGGCUUCUAUUUUCGCCAAUUACCCAGCCCCAUAUUCAUCGGCUAGCAUUGGACUGGUCGAAGAGAUAUUAUCGACCAUGAUCUUCAUGCUCGUGAUAUGUGUGGUGACGGACAAAAGGUAUUCAAACGUGCCGAAUUUCUUGCAGCCACUCUACAUCGGCUUCACCUUGUUGGCCAUCGGGGUCGCAUACGGAUCGAAUGGAGGUUACGCUCUCAACCCGGCUCGUGAUUUGGCUCCCCGUUUGGUCACCUUUCUUGGUGGGUGGGGGCUAGGUGUAUUUAGUUUUCGGGAUUACAAUUGGUUCUGGAUCUUUUUGGUCGGUCCGCACGUUGGAGCCAUUCUGGGCGUUUGCAUAUUUCACUUCAUUUUGAAAAAAGGCCAAGCAGAUCCCGCUGAAAUGGUUUCAUCCAUAACAACUUCGUCAAUUGAUUCGCGCCACUGGCAGCACUUCAACACGCAUCUGCCAAAUGCAGAGCAACAAUCGCACUAUCAAUUCCCAGAAGAAAGCCACAAAAGCAGAGACUCCUAUAACACGAAAACACUGUGAAAUUUUCGGCUAAUUGUCUUUUAUUAUCCGCACUCGGCCAAAACUGAUUUGUUUGGUACUAGCGUUGAGAUAUUCGUUGCUGUCACAUUCUUUUAAUUCAAACGAGAAGAUGAAACUUAAUUGCGCAUGUGAUAGACACACGGAAUGAAUACACAUAUACACACAUUGUUGAAUAUGGAAGAGUACAGCGAAUAAAGGUCGUCUUGUCGGCAA